AUUUUAUCUCCAUCCCUGUUCUCUUCCUUCGCAACUUUCCAAUCUCUCUCUCUCUCUCUCUCUCUCUCUUAAUUUUUGUCUCUCAGUUCCUCUGCCUUUCUUUCCGGGAAACCUCCUUUCUCUCCCCCCCAAAACACACAUGCGUGUACCUUCUCAUCCAAGCCUUUUUUAAAGAAGAGCCGCAGCCUUUCUGCUCAGCUUUGAGCUGCUUCAUCAUUUUCUCUCCUUCCAAACAUGGAUAAGGCGCCACUGAGCUUCACCGACAAGAAGCCUUCCAAAACCAAGAAAACACCUAACCCCCUCAAAGUCGUCUACAUCUCCAACCCCAUCAGAAUCCGCACCACUGCCUCCCACUUCAAAGCUCUCGUCCAAGAACUCACCGGCCAAGACGCCGCCGCCGUGCCCGACCCAGCCAAGUCCGCCGCCGCCCACGAUAUGGUCAUUCCUGCCGGAGUCAAGGUUGUAACCGAUGACGAUCCUGACCAUGAAUAUGAAGACCUUGAAGUCCCGAUAAUGGAUCCGGAUGCAGCUGCUGAUGCGCCGGAGAAAUCUGAUCUCUGCUUCCAGCCAUAUGACGACGUUUUCAUGCCUCCGUUGAUGGACAACUUCCCCGAGUUUUUGCCGGCGAACCUGCUGUAUGAGCCUCCUCAUGCCGAUGACGUAAGAAUUUGGAAUAAGUGGUCAUGAAGCUCCCACGACGCCCAGGAAGAAGAUUUUUAUGCAGAUGUAGAGAUGUUAAGGAAGGAUCGUUGGUCAUUUUCCAAACUCUAAACGCUCUCAUUAAUUCAUCCUUAAUUUCUUAAUUAAUUAAGCAGAUGCUUGAGCUAACAUAUAUGUGUGUGUGUGUGUGUGUGUGUGUGUGUGUGUGUCUAUAUAUAUAUAUAUAUAUAUACAUACC